AUGGAUCCUCUCGACCGAGAGCUCAUGGAGGCAGAGCGCGAUGCCUCCCCCGACCACUAUCGACGCCGGGCUAGUAACGAGAUAGAGCGCGUCAUCACGGCAUCGUCAGCCUCGUCUGGCUCUUCGGACCAUGGCAGCAUGUUCCGCCGCAACAUGAGCCGCGUGUCUACGCAAAACGACCUGGAGCGCCAUCCCACCGCCCUGAGCCGCAUUGCCACUCAGCGAAGCCAGCACGUUAAUACUGUCGGUGGGUCGAUUCGCUCCGAGAGCAGGGCGUCUCGAAAGCCGUUGCCGGCCUUUGGCGGUGGGAAGCCGUAUCCCCCACUGCUGCCGGACCAGGAGGAGUAUGUCGUCGAGUUUGACGGCCCCGACGACCCCUUGCACGCCCAGAACUGGCCCAUAAGAAAGAAGCUCCUGACCUCCGCCAUGCUGGCCUACACCACCGUCACCACCUCCUUCACCUCGUCCAUCUUCUCCGCCGCAACGGGCGCCGUCGCCCAAAAGUACGACGUCGGCCUCGAGGUGGGCAUCCUGGGCACCUCGUUCUACGUGCUUGGUUUUGCCUUUGGUCCCAGCUUGUGGGCUCCCUUGUCCGAGCUCAAGGGCCGUCGUCUGCCCAUUGUGCUCUCCAUCUUUGGCUUCUCCCUCUUCACCAUUGCGACCGCCACGGCCAAGGACAUUCAGACCAUUCUCAUCUGCCGCUUCUUCGCCGGCUUCUUUGGCGCCUGUCCCCUCGCCGUCGUUGCCGCCGUCUUUUCCGACAUGUUUGAUAACAGAACUCGAGGAACGGCGAUUGCCAUCUUCUCCAUGACCGUCUUCACCGGCCCCAUGCUGGCGCCCUUCAUCGGCGGCUUCAUUGUCGACUCCCACCUGGGCUGGCGCUGGACCGAGUAUGUCGCCGCCAUCAUGGGAUUCGUUGCCUUGUUUCUCGACAUGUUCUUCCUCAGCGAAUCCUACCCGCCCGUUAUUCUCGUCAGCAAGGCUGCAGAACUGCGACGUCGGACCAAGAACUGGGGCAUCCACGCCAAGCAGGAGGAAAUCGAAAUCGACUUUCGCGAGCUCGUCAGCAAGAACUUUAGCCGUCCGCUGCGCCUGUUGUUUACCGAGCCAAUUAUCCUUCUCUUGUCCAUCUACAUGAGUUUCAUCUACGGGCUGCUCUACCUCUUCUUCACCGCGUAUCCCCUAGUCUUCGUCGGUGUCCAUCACUUCAACGCGGGCCAAUCCGGUCUGACCUUUUUUGGAAUGAUUAUUGGCGAGAUUAUUGCGACAAUCACCAUCAUUAUGCAGGUGCCAUGGUACAACCGCAAGCUCGCAGCCAACCACGGCAUCCCCAUCCCCGAGUGGCGGUUACCCAACAUGAUGGUUGGUGGCAUUGCUUUCGCCGGCGGUAUCUUUUGGUUUGGAUGGACUGGAUACAAGGAGAGCAUUCACUGGGCUGCUCCGGCUGUUAGCGGCAUCCUCACUGGCUUUGGUCUCAUGUCGAUUUUCCUGCAAGCUCUCAACUACAUUGUCGAUGCAUACCUCAUGUUCGCCGCGUCAGCCCUUGCCGGCAACACCUUACUGAGAUCGCUCUUUGGCGCCGCUUUCCCGCUUUUCGGCCGUCAAAUGUUCGAGGGCAUGCACAUAGAGUGGGCUGCCACGUUGCUGGGCUGCGUAGCCGUUGCGCUCGCUCCCAUUCCAUUUGUCUUUUACUUUUACGGCGCCAAGAUCCGCGCGAAGAGCAAGAUUGCCCCGAUCUUUUCUGCUCCGGCCGAUACGCCUGAGACUUCGGACACCAUCGCCGAUCAUGGCGAGGAGAAGGACGAGGAGGCCGGACACGACGCAGCCUUGGCUAAUGCUCCCAAGAGGAGCAGCGAGGCUUCCGGUCCCGAGGAGGGUGUAUAG